AUGUGCAUGAGCACCGCUAAUCUGUCGGUUCGCUCGGCAGUGUUUGCGUCCGAACCCGUUCUCAUUGUCGCCAUAUCUACACCCAUUCAAAUCUUCUUUGCGUGGAGAAUCAAGCUGCUAACCAAAUCGAAUGUGCUCGCGAUCGUUAUUAUCCUCCUAUCUCUUGUGUCUAUGGGUGAAUUUUUAAUGAUUUCUUUACUCCUGCUCAUCAAGAUUAAGCUGUUCGCUCGUAAACCAGAAUUGCAUUGGCCCGCACUGGUUUGGUUGCUUUCAGCCAGUAUCGCUGAUAUUGCUAUUACCACCGUGCUAGUCUUGACCUUGUCAAGACGAAGGACAGGGUUUGUUGCGACCGAUGAUGCAAUUUCCAAAAUCAUCCGAAUGACUGUUCAAACCGGAAUGAUCACGGCAUUCUUUGCCAUUGGAGAUGUGAUCUUCUUUAUGUCCCUUCCCCAUACUGCACUAAACUUCUUGUGGGAUUUGUCUCUCUCCAAGUUGUAUACCAAUUGUCUACUUUCUACCCUCAACGCCCGCGAGGAGCUUCAGGAGCUAGCUGGGUCACAUAGACGAAACGUCGUAUCGACUAGUGCUGGACGUAGACAGGAAACACAGUUAGACUCUCCAGCGCAUAUCCUAGCCUCGGCCAUGUAUGAGCUAGAUCAGCAGAAAUCCACUCAUACCCAGAGUGCAGAUAUGGAAUACGGCAUUACAAUCACCAAGGUCGUCGAGACCCAGUAA